UGUGUAUACACAAUGCCACUAUUGGCCCUACCCACCGAAAUAUUACAGCAGGUCGCUGCACUCCUCCCGGAUGGACAUCUCUCCAGUCUACUGCAGGUGAACCUCCAUCUAUACGAUGUACUGCUUCCAUGUCUCUACCAACGGCGUCACAAGUCUCGAGACUUUGCACGUAGCUGGCCAGCAGGUUUCAUGCGAGCCAUUGCGACUGGGAAUGUCCAAGGCACACAGAACUUCCUCCACUACGGCGCCGACGUGAACCUCGUAUGCAGUCAUCACUUUCUGCAUCAAGCGAAAGUCCCUAUUGAGCCUUGGUUUGAUUUGCAGAUGCCGCUUAAUUUGGCAGCGAACAUCGGAAAUGACACGUUGGUGAUGAUGUUGUUAGAUCACGGGGCUGAAAUCAACGGACUGAAGCACCAUGAUGGGGUUCGCUGUAGACGCACCCAGCCAGCUAUCGUGGAUGCUCUAUUAUCAGGACAUAUAAGCACUGUUCGAGUCCUGCUUGAACAUGGCUCAGAUAUCCAAGGCUGCCAUAUAGAGGCUGGUCGGCUAGUCCUCUACGCCGUUGAUACAGGCCAGUUAACGAUGCUCCAGCUCCUGCAGGAGUUCGGAGCUGAUCUAAACAUCGCUUAUAAUCACGUGGAACCCCUACACAAGGCAGCCUGCUUGCGACAAAUAUCGACUGAUAUAGUACGGUUCCUGCUUGAUCAUGGCGCGGAAAUCACCUCUUCUGAUCGUCGUCAUAGACGGAUUAUGGAAGGUGUGAUGAGAGGAGGGACCAUCGAUACUGCCCGGCUUCUGCUAGAACGCGGAGCGGUAUUUCCGCAGGAUGGAUUCCAUUCGGCUAUUGCCUGCGGAACGCCUGACUUUAUCCGCCUGCUCAUUGAAUAUGGUCACAAGCCUGAUAUCGAGUGGCUCAAAUGGGCUAUUAGGAGUCGGCGGCUCGAUCUAUUGCAGCUACUUCUUGAAGAGGGCGUUGCUCUCGAUUCCAGGGACACUAGAGGAUCCACAAUCCUGCAUUAUGCGGUAAAGUGGUGCAGCUAUGAAAGCCCCACACAUGGAAUGUCGCAAGCGAUAUGCGGGAUUCCUGCACAGACGCCACUUGUGCGCCGUAUCAAAAACAUCGAGCCUCAAACGGUAUCAUCUCCAUGUAGUAUCCAGGGCACCUCUAGGGGUACUUCGGAAGACAUCCUGCGCUAUGUCAUUUAUAUAGGGGCGGAGAUCAAUGCCGUGGAUGGUGAUGGUCGGACCCCGCUCGAUAUAGCUAGGAAAUACGCUCCGAAGGUGGAGCAGAUACUUGUAGAUAGCGGUGCUACAUCCCAUAGCAACUUCCAAGGAGGAAGAGAAAGUGGAUAACCGGGUGAAUUCAAUAACUAUAUUUGGCGAGGCUGAUUAGCUUGGAUAGGUAUCAGCUGGAUCUGUUGGUUGGACAAUAGAUGUUGG